UACCACAGCAAACUACACCAAAACUCAGUGUAGGUCAAUUCUUGUGUCAGAAUUUUCCAACAAGUUUUAAUCAUACAUUUUGAACUACUUCAACAUCAUUUAGUUCAUAAUCAACCCAGCAAAAUGGAUGGUAAUACGACUCAUCAUUGAAAGGCACCACUUUAUCAAACGUUAUGUUUUCAAGGGGUCCGUUCAACGCAAUCGAGUUAAUGGCUACAUCCAGUAGUAUCCACAUAUCCCUUCUGUGCAACUCUUCUACUAAGUUUUUGAAGUCUUCUUUUGUUCCAUAAUGGUGAUUUAAGGCAUAUAGGUUCUUCGUCCAGUAUCCAUGAUACGACCAACCAUCAAUCUUAUUUCCCUCUUCGUUUUCGAAGAUUGGAGAUAUCCAUAUCUAUAAAGUCAGUGUUUUCGUUAAAUGAAUUCAUAAAACUUACAGCAUCGAACCCCAUAUCUUGAAUAUAGUCAAGAUGAUCUCGAAUUCCAUUCCAAGUUCCUCCGCAAUACAUAAAUCGUGCUGGAUCACAAGGAAGUCUUUCGUGAGCAUCUUUGCUUAGAGAGAAUCUAUCGGUAAUGAUUUGAUAGAUUGAUCUUUCUUUCCACUCAUCGACACUGUGUCCUGCUUGCGAGAGUUGAAAAAGACUGAACGAUAAAAAACAAAGAAUGGAAAUUUUAAUUAGAAGUAUAUCCAUUCUUUUGAUAAAUCUAUUUUUGUUGUUGGAUAGUAUGCUGGCUGGUUCUAGGUAUGGUCUAUGGCUGCUUGUUUUUAUUUGUGUACCGGGGAUGCACAAAAUGUAAACAAACAUUGGGGCCUACUACAAAUUGUUUUUUCUCUCGACCAACAACCAAACAAAAGCAUUUAUCUUUUCCAAAAGUAGAAGAAUUGCUUUCUAAAUAUCCUUUGAGAGUACUCCUUUUGUAUUGUACAAAUUAUUACUUUUAUAAUACUUUGCUUAGAGCAGAAGGAAUUUAUUUUAAUCUUUGUCUUAUUUUUCAGAAAUAUCAAAAAGUAUUAGGAGGGUCUUUACUGAAAGUAGUCCUUCCUUUUCUGUUCUUAUAAGAAACGUUUUCUUCUUUCUCCAUAGAGUCUUGCAAGUGAGAAAAGAAUGAGCCUCAAACGUUUCUCAUUAUUUCAUUGUUUAUUGUUCGUCUACCUGUUUCUAUUUUGCUGCCUUCAUGUUAGUUGCGCACCAUAUGAUCCGGAUAAAGUACCAUGGAAUUUGAAUACCAACGAAGCUGCUACUGAUCCUAUUGAUUACCAUGGAUUGUGGGAGAAUCAUGAUUUCUUUCCUAGUCCCGAAUCGUGGAGAUUUCCUAUAUACACAAUUGCUUUGGAUAAAUGGGUUGACGGUGAUCCCACUAAUAAUGAUAUCAAUGGCACCAGAUUUGAGUACGACAUGCUCGAGACAGAAUUUAGAAAUGGUGGUGACAUUAUUGGAGUUAAGAAAACAUUGGAUUACCUUCAAGGUAUGGGUGUCAAGGGUGUAUAUCUAGCUGGAACACCGUUUGUAAACCUGCCUUGGGGUGCCGAUCAAUAUUCCCCUCUUGAUUUUACUUUAUUAGAUCCUCAUCUAGGAACCAUUGAGGAUUGGAGAAGUACCAUUGAAGAAAUACAUAAAAGAAAUAUGUAUAUAUUAGUAGACCUUACGGUUGCAACGCUAUCCGACCUUGUUGGAUUCCAAAACUAUGUUAAUACUACCACUCCGUUUUCUCUAAUGGAGCAUAAUGCCUUAUGGAAGGGGGAGCACCGUUAUCGUGAUUGGAAUUUUCAAAAUGAAUGGGAUUUUGAUUGCACUCUUCCUGAAUUCUGGGGCGAAGAUGGAUUUCCUGUUGUUUUAGAAUGGAAGGGCUGCUAUGAUUCCGAUUUUGAUCAAUACGGAGAUACAGAAGCCUUUGGCAGCCAUCCUGACUGGGAACGGCAGUUGUCGAAGUUUGCUUCGGUUCAAGAUAGAUUGAGAGAAUGGAAACCAUCCGUCUCCGAAAAGCUUAAAAGACUUUCUUGUUUGGUCAUUUCUAUGCUAGAUGUUGAUGGUUUUCGCGUUGACAAGGCCACACAAAUGACAGUUGAUUUUUUAGCUGAUUGGGCUGAUAGCAUAAGAGAUUGUGCUAGAAAUCAUAAUAAACAAAACUUUUUUAUUCCAGGUGAAGUUACGGGAUCUUCGAGCUACGGUUCUAUAUAUUACGGAAGGGGUAGAAAACCUGAUCAGCGACCUUCCACCAUUGAAGAUGCCUAUUCCCUUACUCCUUCUAACGAUACCUUCUUUCUAAGAGAAGAGCGAAAAAAUGCUCUAGAUGCAGCCGCUUUUCAUUACUCCUUUUAUCGUAUUCUGCUUAGGUUCCUGAGAAUGGAUGGUUUAAUGGAGAUUCCUUUUGAUUUGCCCACGGACUUAACAGAAGCUUGGGAAACGAUUGCAAUCAAUGAAGAUGCUUUAAAUGCGAUGACGGGAGAACAUGACCCAAGGCAUUUGUACGGUGUUUCAAAUUACGACGUUUUCCGCUGGUCUUCCGUUGUUGAUGGUCCCGGAAGAUUGAUUCUUGGUACGAUGAUAUCUUUUUUUCUAUUUCCUGGUAUUCCGUUAAUAUAUUAUGGUGAUGAACAAGGCUUGUAUGUUCUUGAUAACAGGGCCGACAACUAUUUGUAUAGCCGACAGCCAAUGUGUUCCUCAAUCGCUUGGUACAUCCAUGGAUGCUACACAGGAAGUUCAUCUACCUAUCCAGCUAUUGAUCUUACUCCUGCAAGAAAGGGUUGUUAUGAUAGUUGGAAUACGCUAGACCAUUUUGACGUUGCUAAAGUUGAGAGACAAGUUUUUAUUGAAUUUCAAGAUAUAAGACGAAGAUAUCCAGCUUUAGUAGAUGGUUGGAGGUCUGAAAAAUUGGGAAAUUGGACUUUUGUGGAAUAUAUGCCCAAUAGCGGGGUAAACCCGACGACCGUUGGUGUCUUUAGUGUCGUUAGAGGUCCUUUGUCACCUUUACAGGACUUCACUUCCGAAUACUCAUUUGAUAAUAAUAAUGGACUAUCUACUACCGAUGUGUGGCUAUUAUUUACUAACCACAACCAUUCAAUCGAGUUGAACAAUGAUUGCUGGUCACCAGAUGCAACUAUAGCACCAUAUAGUGCUGGAGUAACUGUAAAAAAUCUCGUUUAUCCAUAUGAUGAAUAUGUUUUACAAGAAUCUUCAAUUAAGUUGAAUACAUCAGGCGAAUCGAGUGUUGGCUGUCUUCCAAGUGUUGCACUUGAUGCCUACGGCUUUAAAAUAUUCGUCCCGGUUGAAGAAUAUAUUCCUCGACGUCCCAUGAUAACCAAAAUCUCACCAAAGCAUGACUCAAGAAUAGUAAACACUCAAGGAAAGGUAAAUGUUAUCAUUGAGUUUUCAGAGGAAAUGAGUUGCAAAUCAAUAACUGAAAAUGUUCAUGUUCAAUCUAAAACUCAAAAUAAUGUCGUAGGAGAAUUCGAUUACGAGUCUGUUGCCUGCGACACAAUAAUUUCUGAAGACCAAUUACGCUUUACGGGACAGCCGAGUAGCAAAUUUAGGUGGUCUGCUGUAUUGCAUAACCUUCAAGAUGGUAUUCACCAAAUUACAGUCUCUAACGUUACUACCGACGAUGGAUCGGCAUUUACUGAUUCAGUUGAUCAUUUUCUAUUGCGAAUUGGAUCUCUUAACAAUCCCAUGGUUUUUUCGAAUGCUAACUACUCUUUCGAUCUAUUACAGCUGGAAGGAAAACAUCUGAGUUUAAAUCAUUCUGCUCCCGGUGCUGAUCUAUUCCGAUACUCCUUGGAUUUUGGGUCAAGCUGGUCUUCUUGGCAGGAGUAUGAUGGUUCUACUACUCAAUGUUCUCUAAAAAACUUAUCAAUCCCUAGUCAUAAAAGAUGGUCGGGUCAUCAUGUUAUGGUGCAGUAUUGGAGCGAAUUAACCGGUUCCGCAAAUCACAUGCAAGAAUCUGAUGCAUCUUUUCCGCAUAAAAGGUGGUUUCCCCAAAUGUAUUUGGACAGUGAAAUAACUCAAUGGGCUUAUGAUUCUGAUGAUCGAAAUAAAAUGUCCAUACAGAAAAAUGGAAGCUUUGUAGGGCACAUAAUUUCGGACACAUAUCCUUCUGCUUUUCAGUUUAAUGUAUGGGGUUUGAAUGAGAAAGGGAAACCUGAUCCGUCUUAUAUAUAUGGUAGUUUACGAAAUGAUUCAUACCUUUCGCGGGCAAGUCCCUCUGCGUUAGAAGACAAUGUCUUUUUCGUGCAAUCAGAGCCUCCCAAAAAGAGCCUAUCAUGGAAAAUAACAUUUGAUCCUCAAACUCGCCGUUUUUAUACUCAUCCUUCAGGAUCCAUCUAUGUCUCUAUGGGAAUUUACAUUUGCUUUAUUCUUCUGCCUCUUGUUUCAGGAUUGGUAUCUGUUUUACUCUUCAAAAGAUUGUUCUACCACGUGAAGUUUAAUGAUUUUGGAAAAGGAUAUAUUGAUAAAUACUUUACUGAUCUUCCGGAGAGGGAGAAAAGUAAUAAUAUCAUGUUUAGAAUGAUGGACUUCCCUAGAAUGAUAGGUAUGAAAAAGCGAGGAAGCUUUCAAGGUAAUAGAAAAACAAUACUUUUGGCGACACUUGAAUAUGAUAUCCCAACAUUGAACAUUAGGAUCAAGAUCGGUGGACUGGGUGUAAUGGCACAACUAAUGGUGAGAAACUUAGAACAUCAAGACUUGUUGUGGGUCAUUCCAUGCGUGGGUGAUGUGAUAUAUCCUGAUAUGGAAGCAGACGAUCCGAUUACUGUGGUAAUAAUAGGGCAGUCCUACUUAAUUAACGUUUAUCGAUACGUGCAUAAAAACAUAACAUACUUGCUAUUAGAUGCACCUGUCUUUAGGAGGCAGACUACUUCUGAACCGUAUCCUGCUCGCGUUGACGAUUUAAGCUCCGCAAUUUUCUACUCGGCAUGGAAUCAAUGUAUCGCAAACAUAAUGGAGAAUAAAUCUAUUGACUUGUAUCAUAUAAAUGACUAUCAUGGAGCAUUAGCACCGGUUUAUUUACUGCCGAAGGUUGUUCCUGUAGCACUUUCUUUACACAAUGCUGAAUUUCAAGGGCUUUGGCCUUUGCGAAGUCCAGAAGAAGUUGAGGAGGUUUGUUCGGUUUUUAACAUUCCUCUAGACGUGUGCUCCAAAUAUGUUCAAUUCGGAAAUGUUUUUAACUUAUUGCAUGCUGGUGCAUCCUAUAUAAGAAUACAUCAAAAAGGAUAUGGUGUUGUGGGUGUAUCUAAAAAAUAUGGAAAACGCUCGUGGGCACGGUAUCCAAUUUUUUGGGGACUCCAAAAAAUAGGCAAGCUUCCAAAUCCUGAUCCGUCUGACAAAGGUGAAGGUGUUUUUGAGGUAACUGAUGAAUCUUUACGGAAUCUUGAAAUCACAAAGGAGGAACAUAAAAGACAAGCCCAGGAGUGGGCAGGCUUGGAAAUAGACCCUAACGCAGAUCUUCUAAUAUUUGUUGGACGAUGGUCCAUUCAAAAAGGUAUAGAUCUUAUUGCUGAUAUUGCCCCUGUAAUUCUUGAGAACUUCAACGCUCAGAUAGUUGUAAUAGGACCUGUGAUUGACUUGUACGGAAAGUUCGCCGCCGAAAAGUUUGAAGCCUUGAUGCAGAAGUAUCCCCGGCGCCUGUUCUCGCGUCCAGUUUUCACUCACCUUCCACAAUAUAUCUUUAGUGGUGCCGAUUUUGCAUUAAUUCCUUCUAGAGAUGAACCAUUUGGUCUUGUGGCUGUCGAAUUCGGAAGAAAAGGUACUCUAGGAAUAGGAGCUAAUGUGGGCGGUCUUGGUCAAAUGCCAGGAUGGUGGUAUGCUGUGGAAUCAAGUACGACUUCACAUUUGCUAAAACAAUUUGAGCAAGCUUGUCGCCAAGCUUUAUCUUCUACAAAAGAGACUCGUACUAAACUACGUGCUAUUUCAGCUGUUCAGAGAUUUCCCAUAUCAGAAUGGGUUAUUCGUCUAAAUAAACACGUUAGCACUUGCAUAAAAUUCUGUCUUAAAAACAAUUCUGAAAUUUUACAUAGAGCUCCUCAUCAGCAAGAAAACUUUCAGUCUUCUAUUCUUGAUGAUGAAAGUUUCAAGCAUGAUUUGGGAGAUUCAAAGAGUGAAGUGCAUGAUUUUGAUCCAUUAAGGAAUGAAACUCCAAAUACCAAUGCCAUUUCUAAAGGCUUAAACGAGAAGGAGUUAUUCAGUAUAGGGGAGGCUUCGAAGGACGACGAUGUAUCUGACACUUCUGAAAGCUUAGGAAAAGUAUCAUCUUCUAGCUUUGAUGUACUGCAUCGACGUGAUGAAUAUCGAAACCAGCUAAUAGAAUUUGAUUUGGUGCAGCCUGUAUCCGAACCAAGUACUGAAGAACACUUUCACCAUACAAAUACUUUUGGUGGUAAUUCCGACAGCAAUGGAGUUGAUGAUAUUCCGAAAAACGAAGAACCAUAUGAUGCCGUAUCGGAAGGCGACUUAAAACUUGACAAUAAGUUCAGUAGUUUUGAAGGAACUGACAGCAAUGCCUUUGAAACAUCUGAAAUGUUUCUCCCACACAAUAGUUCCCAACUUAGUAUUGCAUCCGUUCGGUCCAAUUUGCGAGAUUUUUCUUUGACGAGAGUACCUAGAAAAUUUGAUGAUGAGGAUGGUAAAGCUUUAAGUAUAUUUGCUGAACGGUUGCAAGACCUGACACCUAAAAGUUCUAUGGGCAGCUUGUGCAUCGAUCAUUUUAUUAUGAAAUGUACCAGGAAAUAUUUUAGUGAAGUAAAAAGCUUACAGCUUGGUUCUUCAAAGCCUGAAAAGCUUCAUUUUUUUAAUGAUGCAACUGUAACAAGUUCCAUCAAUAACUUACCAGAACUAAUUCAAAAUAAGGAAGGUUUCGCUGAUGAAAGUGAAAUAGGACAACAAGGAUUGCAAUUACCCGAAAAAGAAGAAGCUGAGUACGUCUACGAAUUUGAGCAAUAUCAUGGUUGUCGUAAGUUACUACAAUAUCAGAUCUUCGGCUGGCCUUUAUACACUAUUAUUCUUGCUUUGGGGCAGAUUCUCGCUGUUACUUCGUUUCAGCUGAGUCUUUUGUCCGGAAGUUCAGAACAAUCCGUAAGUUUCCUUUACAUUGUCUGUGGAAUUUAUGUUGCAUCUACGUUUUUCUGGUAUAUUCUGCAUUGUUUGGUUCCUAGUGUGCAUUGCUUGGCGCUUCCAUUCGUCGUUUAUGGGCUUGCAUUUUUUUUCGUUGGAUUGGUUAGUUUUGAAAACUUGGGUAGCUCUAGAAUUUGGCUAGCAAGGGUAGCAACUUGCACGUACGCUGCUGCUUCAGGAAGUCAGGCUUUGUUCUUUUCUCUAAACUUUGGUGAUGAAGGAAAUUAUGAUGUCUUGUAUUGGAUAAUUCGAGCUUGUUUCAUUCAAGGAUGUCAGCAACUGUGGUCAUCUGCAUUAUGGUACUGGGGCUCAUACAUCAGUUCUAAACCUAACAAAUAUGGUAUUUCUGAACAAUUACAUUCCGUGCAUUGGGUUUAUGCCAUUGUAUGGUCUAUUUCGCUUAUAAUGUUAUGUUUUACAGUAUUGCUUUACAGAGGACUUCCCAAGUUUUACAGACAAAUUCCUCCCAAGAUCCCUGCGUUUUACCGGUCUGUUCUUCGAAGAAGACUGAUUCUUUGGUUCUUCUUUGCUUCUAUACUGCAGAACUAUUGGAUGUCGACGCUGCAAGGGCGUUCAUGGGCGUUUGUCUGGUCAGCUCGCUCAACGAACAGAUGGGUGACAUUCCUGCUGGUUAUAUUAUUUUAUGUUGCAAUAUGGUUAGGUGCUAUUAGUGGCUUGGCAUCACUAUCUCAGAAGCAUUCGUGGAUAUUACCAAUUUUAGGUCUGGGAUUUGGCGCUCCAAGAUGGUUACAGACUCUAUGGGGAACUUCUAAUAUAGGUUUGUAUCUUCCUUACUUUGGAAAAGCAGCACCCUAUUUGUCUCGUAUGCUAUGGCUAUGGCUCGGAUUGCUGGAUACUAUCCAAGCUGUUGGUAUUGGAAUUAUAUUACUGCAAACAUUGACACGAGAGCACAUUAAUCUCGUCCUGAACCUUGGUCAAGUUAUUGGAGCCGUAGCUAGCAUGGUCGGUAGGGCCACUUCGCCUUGCCGAAUUGGGCCAGCAAACGUAUUUCUUGAUUUUACAUCUUGGCAACCAAAAGAUGGGCUAAGAAUUUUGGCAAGUGCACCGUUCUGGAUUUGUUUGAUUUGUCAGCUUGGCAUUGUCGUUGGAUAUUACCUUUUCUUCCGCCGAGAAAACUUGAUGAGACCUUAGAUUAAAGGUGGAGAAUCGAAAAUACUAGAUCAUGUUUUUACGAAGUUUGGCAUUCUGUGAUUUUUUAAAUUAUCACGAAUUUCCUUACGCUGUUGAUACCUAUUUUAAUACAUUAGAAGUUA